CGGCUUCGAAAACAAAAUUUGUGAUGACCAACUGAUUCGCAGAUGUUGCGAGCUCCAGUGUUCCUGGCGGUGUUGUCCGCGGCCCUAAUGGCCGCCGGCGGCACGCCUAACCUCUUCGGCGGCAUACGUACGCCCUUCGGCAUCGUGGGAACCCCGGCCGAUUGCAAGUUGGCCGCCACGGCCAGGAUGGACUCGUGCUUCGCGAAAGACCGAACCAUCCCGGUCCCCGUUGACCUGAAGGUUGCUGACGGUCCAGACGCAGCCGCAGAGCAAGGCGUGGCCGAGGGAGCAGCCGUCGAGUCGUUCUGCCCGCUACCGCCGGCGGUCGAACACCACGGCGACGAUGUCGUUGUUACCGGUAGCCCGCUCCCGCAGCUGACCGAGAGCGAAGAAGGAUGCCACGCCGGGGCUACGCCGUCCACCCGUUCGCUUGAUAGUCGUAUGUGUGAAGAACAUGGGGGGACCGUUUAUCGUUGUAGCUUCGACGACGAUGAGGAGGGGAUCGACACGUCGAGGUGCGCUAUACGCAGAGUUAACUGCCCCGACGUUAGCCCGUACGGCGUCAUGAACCCCAGUAGCACCGAGUCUCACGACGUGCUGCACAUAGCGGGGCAAUUUGCCGAGUUAUUCUGCAUGGCGGCCGCGCGACCAACCGUGUCCGGCCCGGACAGCGCUAACACGGCCGAGUACUUGAGCUGGUACGUGCCUAAGUUCUCCGACCGGGCUUUCGCCUUCUACAGGAAUGCGUCCGCUGCCGAAGGAUCGAACGCAGACUGCGAGGCCCUGUUCGUCAGCUACGCGAUAAAUGUGGAGCCGUCAGAGAUCUUCUCGUCGAGCACGUCUCGUCCAUAAUCACGUGCUCCAAUGUUCAGUCGCAAAGUGCAUACUUUCACUGAAAUUGAGGUCGUCGAUUGCUUAAAUGGACGUACGCGACCAACUGUUCAAAUAAAAGCCUUCUUGUAUGUC